UUGAAUGAGCUCUAUGUUCUAAUCCAGGAGUUGCAAGAUAUGGGUUUAAAAAUAAGCAAGAGUUCAAUUCUCUUGAUGCUUGAAGCAUUUGCUCGAGAAGGUAACAUAUUUGAGGUAAAGAAGAUAUACCAUGGAAUGAAGGCUGCAGGUUAUUUUCCUAACAUGGAUUGUUUCAGGAUUAUGAUCAAGUUAUUGUGCAGGGGAAAACGAGUAAAGGAUGUUGAAGCAAUGGUUUAUGAGAUGGAAGAGGCAGGGUUCAAGCCUGAUCUUUCAAUAUGGAAUUCCAUGCUUAAGUUAUAUGCAGGAAUUAAGGAUUUCAAAAAGACAGUUAAAGUAUACCAGCGGAUUCAAGAAGCUGUACUUCAACCUGAUGACGAUACUUACAAUACUUUAAUUAUAAUGUACUGCAGAGAUUGUCGACCAGAAGAAGGUUUAUCAUUGAUGCAGGAAAUGAGAAGGCAGGGCCUAGAACCUAAGUUGGACACUUACAAAAGCUUAAUUUCGGCAUUUGGUAAGCAGAAGCUGUUGGAUCAAGCUGAGGAACUUUUUGAAGAGUUAAGGUCAAAUGGAUGUAAACUGGAUCGGUCCUUCUAUCAUACAAUGAUGAAAAUGUUUAGAAAUUCAGGAAACCAUGCCAAAGCUGAAAUGUUGUUCACCAUGAUGAAAGAGGCAGGAAUAGAACCCAACUUUGCCACAAUGCACUUGCUUAUGGUUUCUUAUGGCAGCUCUGGACAGCCUCAGGAAGCUGAAAAGGUGCUUGACAAUUUGAAAGUAACUGGCUUAGAUCUUGAUACGUUACCAUAUAGUUCAGUUAUUGGUGCUUAUCUGAAGAAUGGAGAUUAUAACAUUGGAAUUCAAAAGCUCAAUGAGAUGAAGGAAGUAGGCCUGGAGCCAGAUCAUAGAAUAUGGACUUGCUUUAUACGGGCUGCAAGUUUAUCC